AUGCAUCUAUACCAUUUGACAGUGGAACCCACUCAGCAAUGGCACGAGGUCGUCGUCGGUCAUUUCCUUGAUGACGGCACGCUGUCGCAACAGAUCGUGGUUUCCAGAGGUUCGUCAUUAUUGGUGGUGGGGCUCGCUGGAGAGAAUGAUACUCCUCAGCGGCUUAACUACCUGCCGUUACUCGGAAGGAUAUGGCACAUUGCUAAAAUUCGCCCCGCAGGGCUGCUGGUUGAUUUCCUAGUGGUGACUCUGGACCUGGGCCAAUUGGUGAUUUUAGAGCUACAAACGUCUGGUUGGGUACAACGGCUACGUCAACCAUUCGAGAAAAAUGGCUUUAACCGCACCAACGCUGGCGAAUUCAUGGUGGUGGACCCAGACGACCGGUGCGUGAUGCUUGCCGGUCUUCAGAGUAACCGGAUAAUAUACCCCGUGGCCUACCUGGCGCUGCGAGGAGUUACCGUCGAGGCUCCCGUCCAGUUGAAAGUCGAUGUCUCUCUGGUAAUUCUUACUAUGGCGGCAAUUGAUACUCGUUUUGAGAACCCGAUGUUUGUCACCGUGGAGGCCGAUCCCGAUGGCAAAGACUACCUUAAAUGGUAUACGUUUGACCAAGGGCUCAAUAUCAUUCGUCUACUAGGACAACCAACAGCCUUAGACGAGAAUAACGAAUCAUACCAUUUGGUUCAGGCUCCCUUUGGUGGGGUCUACGUGGCUCAACCAGGUAAAAUUGCAUACUAUUCAGGUCCUCUGGCCAAACUGGCGCCGAUAAUAGCCUCAAUACCCCUGAACCUACCCAUUGUGUGCCACGCAACUCAGACAAAGAAGAAACAGCAGUUCUUAUUAUUACAAGACACUACUGGUCACUUGUGGCGAGUAUUGACCACCAUCGACUCCGAACGUGAGUUUGUUGAGCAGGUUAACGUUGUGUACUACGAAACCAUCGAGCCGUGUCUUCUGAUUGGCAUUUUGCGUGCGGGCUACCUUAUUGCCAAUCCCGUGGUCGGCGACGUCGUCAUGUACUUAAUUGAGCUGAUGGGGGACGAAUCGAUGGAUUCAUGGACCCCUCGACAAGAACUUAAACAUCUUGAGGUGAGUCUGAAGAUAUAUAAGGGCUCACCCGUGAUGGAUGCGGCGCUAUACAAUCAGACUAUGAUUUUGAAGCUGCCUCAACUGACUAAUAAAGUACGGAAAGGCACCCCAACACUGAUCCUUGUAUCACUGCCACUUCCAUUUGUUCCCACAUCAGUGUUUACCACCAAGAAAACGCGUAAAAGUGAUCUGGACGAGUACCUUGUAAUCACUCUGAGUACCGAGCUGAAGACGCUUGUACUCCUGAUUGGCGAAGUGGUUGAAAAUGUCAAAGAUAGUCAUUUCAUUGAGACUCAGCCCACCGUAUUGGUGGCUCAAGUGGGGGUUUCGUCGUUGAUCCAGGUUUACCGUGACGGUAUUAAUCACAUUAAGCUUGAUGGCAAACAAACCAUGUGGCAUCCUCCUGCUGGGAUUUCUGUUGUGGCCGCUGCUGCUAAUAAUUUUCAAGUAGUGGUGGCCCUUCUGGAUGGUGCUCUUGUCUACUUUGAAAUAGAUGCUACUGACGAUCAAUUAGCCGAGUACGGCGAGCGACUUGAAGUUGACACCGGUGUCACCUCACUUGCCAUGGACUUGACCAGAAGAGCUAAUUACGUCGUCGUUGGUACCAAGGAUAAUGAAAUCCAAGUGGUGCUGCUUCAAGAGAAUCUGUGCCUCGAAGUACUUCUGAUCCAAGCGCUUCUGGCUACGCCUCUGUCACUUAAUCUUCGCGGGUCCCAUUUGAGUAUUGGUAUGGAGCUGGGGGUGUUUGUCCUAAACCAAAUUGACCCAAUUACGGGUGAUAUCACUGGUACGAGAAAGAAGUUUAUAGGUACUUCCCCCGUAUCACUUUACUCUACGGGAACAUUAGGUUCGCUCGUGAUUCUGUCGGCGACCUGGCUUUUAACUGGCAAAGGCGAUCUCUCGCCGCUCUUAAACCUCGAUCUCGUCUGUGGCGCAGGUUUUAUCCUGGAAGAAAUAGGCGGCGAAGCCGUGGUGGGGAUUAAUCGUCGCGGUGAGCUUGUCAUCUUCAAUGUGGGUGAGGAGGAAGAGACGGGGUUAGUCACCCUAGGGCCAUUAGUCCCUGAAACGGUCGACGUUGAGGGCAAUGGUAAACGAGUACUCGAAGACGGUGACUCGUUCUACGUGGCUACUUCAAACGGAGUACAGGUAGUAACUGAGUCUAAUGUGGAGACUAUACCUGAGACUCCUGACUGCUCGCAAGCAACACUGAUGGUAAGGGCCAAACUCAAGGGUAAGCAGUAUCUUUUCAUCGCCCUCCCCGGUCAAGUGGUUCUGAUCCUUGUCGGGGAAGACUCUCAAUAUGAAUACUUACACACUACCGACACGAAACUCCCGGGCUUUCAGACGCUUCUCGGGUUUCAAGGAAGACUUCUUUUAGGUCAUGGACAAGAGAUACGCUACUAUGAUGUUGGGCUUAAGCAGCUCUUAUUCAAGGGGGCGACAAUAAUACCCCAAACUACCAUUGUUUCCCUUCAAAAUAUGGAAGGUGAUCGACUUGCCUUGGGCGACAUUCGUCGAUCAGUUCGCAUAUUCAACUUUGAUACCUCUACCCAGCAAUUUGUGGCGGUGGCUGACGAUACCAGUGACCGUCACGUCACUACCGCGAUUGUGCUCGACCACACCACCGUUGCUGGUGGCGACCGGUUCGGCAAUGUGUGGAUAAACGAGCUUGACGACGUGACCAGCAAGGCAGUGGAUCUGCUGUGGCCGUUAUGGAUCAAAAGCCAUCCCGAAUACCUUCAAGGCGCUCCCGUCCGGUUGAAGCCCGUGGCUCAAUAUUACGUUGGUGAUGCCAUCGUCAAAUUGUGCCGAGGACUGUUAAUAUACGGCGGUGGUCAGGAACUGUUGAUUUAUUUCGGCAUCCUUGGCACCAUUGGAGUGAUGUUGCCUCUCCUCACCCUGCUGGAGCUUAAAUUUUUCCAAUCAUUACUGACGGAGAUGGCAGCAUUGUAUACUGAGUUCAACUCACAAAACUUGCUUGGUAAAGACGCCAUCAAAAGUCGUGGCUAUUAUGGCCCUUCGUAUAACGUCAUCGAUGGAGACUUAUUGGAGCAAUUCCACCAACAGGCAGAUGACGUUAAACAAACGAUCGCAACAAGGCUUAAACGACUGGUCGGGGAAAUCGAACGCCGCUUACUUGAGAUCCGUGAUCGGGCACUCCCUUAG